AUGUCUUCUACUACUGUUUUCGUCUGUGGUGCCACCGGCACUCAAGGAGGUGCCCUCAUCGACCAUCUCCUCAAGUCCAACAUCAAAAUCCACGCAAUUACCCGUACCCCGGACUCUCCGGCCGCCCAACGCCUCCAAAAGCUGGGCGUAUCAAUCUCAGAAGGCGACUUCGACAACGACGAAUCCGUUAAACCAAACAUGGCAAACUGCAACAGCCUCUUCCUGAAUCUGAUGCCCAAACUCACCGACCUCAACUCAAGCCUCGAGCAAGCUCGCCACCUCCUCAAGCUCGCCAAAGAACUAGGCAUCAAGCAAGUUAUCUACACCAGCGGCGUGACCGCCAACGAUCCCUCCAAAAACAAAUACUGGGAUCCCAAGAACAUCAUCAGCCAGAUGAUGCUCAACAAACAAGCCAUCGAAAACGAAAUCCGCAACGCAGGAUUCGAAUCGUGGACGAUCCUCCGACCUGGAAAUUUUAUGUCCAACUUCCUCUUCCCGAUGAACCAAAUGUAUCCCGGCUUGGUGGCAACCGGUACAUUCACUACAGCACUCACGUCGGAGACCGUGCUGCCGAUGGUUGAUCCGAAUGAUAUCGGACAAUUCGCCGCUGCGGCGAUUCUGGAGCCUGUUAGGUUCCACCAGCAGGAGAUUGAGAUUGCGUCGGAAUUCAUGGGUGGGGAGGAGCUUAUGCGGGCUUUGUCCCGUGCGACUGGAAAGGAGUUCAAGGCUGUUUUCUUGUCUGAUGAGGAGAUUGAGAAGCAGAGAGCUGUUAAUCCUUUUAUUGCAGGUCAGUUUAUGAUGCGGGAUAUGUCCUCGUUUGUGGAUUUGGAGAAGGUGAAGGCGUGGGGAAUUCCGCUUGGGACUUUUGAGCAGUUCUUGGUGCGGGAAAAGGCUAGAGUUGAUAGUAGUUACGCAUGA